GGACGAAUGGAAUAAACCGGUCAAGGUAUAAUGUUGAAUAAGGAGAUGUACUUGUUUUAUUUUGCAAGGGAACUUAAAAAGAAAAGGCUGUCAAGAUGCCUGAGACUGGCGGCGCAUCAGUUGUUCCCAAGAAGGGCCUGACACUCGAUGACCUCAUCGCGGCCAUCGACCGACAUGAAAUGAACCCGAGCAACAUCCCAAAGGUCGAUACUUUUCAUUUCUGUGGGGAGAGAGUCUCAGAAUGGCUAGAGCGGGUGGAACAAGCUUUGGUCGGGCGGCCGGAUGUUGUAAAGUUUCAACGCAUCCUUCAAUUGUCCUCCACAGCUACCAUCAAGAGGUGAAGAAAGUCAUAGAUGCGGCUCAAGGUAGCUGGGAGAGGUUCAAGGAGGGGAUGCAGAGGAAAUACCGCCUGGGAGACGGGUUGUUGACUACCACGGACCUUGAAGCGAUGAACAAAGAGGAUUUUACGACUAUAGGGGCCUUUGUUCAAGAAUUUAAGAAGAGGGCGCGGAAGGUCCAUGGGAUUUCGGAGGAAGCACAGUGCGCCAUCUUCCUGGGGCUACUCACAGUAUCGGAGGCCGUCGAAUUGACGAGACAUGGAGGAGGUAGCACUAAGCUCACUUGGGCCACCAUUGACAGAGGGGUGGAAGUUGGGUGCUUGGACCAGGUGGAACAACGUCAGGUACGCCUGCAAAGACAGAAGAGAGAGGAAAGAGAUGCGACCGCUUCUGGAACCCCGGGAGUAACAAGGAUUGUUACAGACGUAUUGGCACAGCUAGGGUAUGCGAUAGAGCCAGUGGUGCAAAGAAGGGUGGUGACGGCUGUCAAAGUAAAAGGAAAAGAGCCAGUGAUAGAGGAGGCUGGCCAGGAGGAGCUCUGGGAAGAGGAAGAGCCGGUGCCGCAACACCUGACAAAGGAAGGGGAGGCGGUGGAAAAUACGCCCCCAGUUGAUGGAUUUCUGGAUCAGGAAGAAGAUGUUCGUCUUCAUAUCAACAAAUGGUCGCCGCGAGUGCCUAGCUGUGUAGGCUAUCCUAUCUGGCAAGCGCCGAAGGGGUAUGAAAGGAGGAAUGAGUUAGUCCUUAAGCCCUUUAAAGAAGAGGAUCCCUGGGGCGGUAAGGAUGUUCAGUGGAUGAUGGAAUUAGCAAUGGCCAGCUCGCAUAGCCUGGUGGAGGAUAUGAGGACGAUUGAGGAAGGACCUGGCCAGGUAGAACGGCAUGAGGAUUUGAUGGGAGGAAUGUAUCUCCUCGUCAAUACGUUAUUGCAGGAAAGCCUAGACCAGUCAGACUCGUUGAACCCGACAGGGAAUGUGGACGAAAUAUCCGAGAGCCAGGACGACGAGUUCGAAGAAGGGGAAAUUAAGGAGGCYUUUCGUGCAGAGGAGUACGACGGAAUCUACCUAGAGCUGGGGUUUCUUUUGUCAUGUGAAAUGCGGCUAAGAGAUGCGAGCGAUAGGGCUCAAAGGAUGCUGCAACGCUACUUAGUGCGAGACGGUCACCUUUUCGUAAGAAGGGAAGUCGGGAAUCCCAUGAGGGUCGUCUGCGGUAGGAAUCGUCAGAUCGACGUCGUAGCAACACUACACGAUGACAUUGCAGGAGGGCAUCGAGGGGUCGGGGCGAUAGAAGAAAGGAUCAAGGAGACAUCUGAUCAGGUGGCGAGAAGCCUUAUGGAUGAUAAAGCUCGAUGGGAUCAGUCUGCGCGAGUGAGGAAAGUACCCUUGGCAGUCGGGGAUGUCGUGCUUCUCUACGAUACGUCGCUGAAGAAGCAGUGGUCCAGGAUGCUCGAUAAGAGAUGGUCUGACUUUACGAAGACAGCCAUGCCAAGAGGAGGGAAGGGGACACGGCCGCCUCAGAGGCCGUUGGGCGCAUCAGGAGGAUAUGAGCGGCAUGGGCCUCGCCAACGAGAGAGUACUCCAGUCUACAAUGAUGGGGACAUCGAGCUAUUCCUGGACAGUUUCUGGGAGCAUGCGAGGCGUAUGGGCUGGACCGUCACUCAGGCGAUUGAGAGAUUGAGGGGAGCAGGUAGGUUCGAAGAGCCCAUUGCCAGGAUUCGUAGGGAGACGACGACGAGGCAGGAGGUAGAGAUAAGGAUGGAGGAGUUGCGACCCUCGCCAGUGCGACCUAAUGGCAGGCUGAUCCGCUUGAAGAUUGGAAAUGUGUCAGACUUCAUCCCCGCGUUUGAGUGGUUCAUGCAAGAGCAGGGCAUACAAAGAGAUGAUUGGAUGCAGACACUACCACUCUGGACCAGGAAGGCGGAAAGGCCACUGGCUAUGCAGAUCAGGGACAUGGCACGAGAUUGGGAAAGUUGCAGGGCACAUUUGAGAGAGGCCUUUCGACGGCCAGAGCUCCCUCAGCCCAGAGUCGAGAGGCGGCAGAGGAGUCAGAGGCCGAGGGACCCUGAGCCCAGGGAGGCGAGACCAUCUCGAGGAGGACGGAAGGCCCUAGCCAGGAGAGAGCAGGAGCCAGAGGAUGAGGAGCGAGGGGCAUACCCUGACUGUGGGUUGGGGCCAGUGGAGUUCCAUCGUUUUACUGAGGGUGGAUUGAGGAGGUCGCCAGCACACACACAGGGGGAGCCACCAGCGUCAGAGGGACCCUUGAGGGAAUUGAAGAUGCAUUUAGAUAUUUCUCGGUGGAGGGCGUCGCUUCAGGGUGAGGGGCAUGGAGAGCAGGCAAAGGAGGUGCCACGAGAGGAGGUACCACAGGAAGAGGUCCGGGGUACUCAGCGAGAGAGAGGGCUGGGUGAUAAGGGGAGAUGUGCACGGAAGGAAGUGAUAGAGGUUGGAGAGGACACGCCCCCACAGACGCCAACAGUGGGUUUGAGACUCGGGGAUGCGCCAGGGAGCACCCGGCAGGCAAAUGAGGGGUUGCAGAGAGAGGAGACCCCCUUACCUUCGUCAGAAAAAGCUCCUUCGCCAGAAGGGAGGGAAGAAAGGAGGAGAGAGAGGGCAGUUGUAAGGAGAGAAGCUUUGAUCCUGAUUGAUAGGCACCUAGCAGCUCAUGCCCUGGAGCACCCAGACCUGGAGGAGCCAGCACCUGCAGAGCCACGCCAGGAGUCAUGCCAGCCCGAGAAGGAGAUGGAAGCAGAAAUCCCAAAGAGGAUCGACCUCCGCACGAGGGAAAGGGUGCCAGCUGGAGAGACGACCGAAGAAAAGAGGGCAAGACGAACCAGGCGGAUAGAUGAGAUAUGGCAGGAGAGGCAGAGGUUGGAGGCAGCGGGGGAGCUCCCGGAGCAGCAGCAGGAGAGGCAGAGAUCGGAGGCAGCAGGAGCACUCCCGGGUCAGGCGCCCAGCGCGCCAGCCAAGGCUCUUGAAAUUUCUGAAAUGUGGAGAGACUUCUGGGAGCAGAGAGGAGAGGAGCUUCCAUCGCCAGUCAGAGCCGGGUUUGGGGUGGCCAGGAAGGCAGAAGAAAGGUUAGAUCAGCCUCGCCAGGAGCCGCCUAUGGGGAGAGUUAUCCUGGAGCCAGAGGAGGCGAGAGCCCAGAGACAGGCAGAGAGAGAGACGUUCGAGUUUAGAGCCCCUACUGAGCUCGCGACGCUGCCGGUGGCGGCGGCGGACCCAGUCGUACCUUUGGCAGUAGAGGAGGGGCUGCCACCAUCUAGCAGUGAGCCGGCUCAGGGCUCGGCAGAGGGAUCCAUGGGCGUGCUCCUUGAGGCAGUGCAUACUAUACAGGAGGAGGUGAGUUUGUUUUCACCUGAGCAGAGGAUAGAGGAGCCUCUUGAGAGAGAGAUGGGGAUUGAGGAGGAGGGUGUCAUCGAGGGCAGACUCCAGAGGAUAGUCAUACCUGAGUAUGGACCAGAGGAGAUUGAGGAGCAGCCCACGGCAGUGCCAGGGGCGGCACUCGAGAGGAGGCCUCAGAGGUUGGACACGCCCGAGUACGUUCCAGCGACAGAGGAUUUGAAAGGCAGACUAGGAUUUUGGGCUACUGGAUCUGGGUCUGGUGGACCAGUUCCGGGGACAGAGCGGCAGGAAGUCGUUGGUACCACAGCUCCUCAAGCAGAGCAGCAGGGGGUUAUCAGUACCUUGGCAGAAUCUCCUUUAUCACCCCCUCCUCAGCCCAGGAAGAAGAAGUUCAAGAGGAAGGUUGAUCAACUAUGUUUCUACUGCAAGAGGAGCGCGCAUCAUGCUUUGGACUGUCUCGAGUUUCUUGAGGAUAAGGCAACAGGGAAGAUCUCAGAGGUAGGGGGUAAAAUGUAUGAUAGACAGGGUAGGAUAGUAGAGAAGUCCGCAGAUGGACUUAGGGCUCAGUUAUAUAGGCAAAACCAAAAGGAGUUGAGGAGGUAGGGCCGGCUUUGUCUAUAUAAGUGAGCGAGCAUUUAAUGAGGUAUCAACUUAGGUUC